AUGGAAUGUCUAGAGACUUAUUUGAUACCAACAAUUACCGUCGAUCAUCCUGAUUACCCACUGGGUCAGACUGUUGAAGUACCAAGAAACAGUCGUGAUCAUAGAAUAUCAUAUCAUUGGUCUGUUCCUGGAGGAUCGGGAGUUUGCAAGUUGUAUAGACCACUGUUCGAUCCAAGGAGCACUAUCAACACUGCGAUAUACAAGGCAGAGAAAAGCAGGAAGGACGAGAUUGUGAAUUUACUUAUCCAAUCAGCUCAUGUAGCUGUCGACCACAUUAGCAGUACUAUCCCUAAUGCUGAAUCAAAGGAAAGAUUGCGGCAACUCAACGAUGGUCCAGCGAGCUGGUUAUUGAAGACGAGGUUCAGAUCAGAUGUUUCUGAUAUGAUUUUGCAGAACCAAAAGGGUCUUUCCGGGUUGGAUGAUCCGAGUGGACUGUCUUUCGUGAUAGGAUGGGAGUAUAAUGGAGUCAAGAUGAGAGACGACUCGGAUAUACUGUUGAGGUAUAUCGAUAAACAUGACACUGAUCAAGGUUGGUUUGCCGAUAUUCAGGCUCCGAGACCUAUCAAUCUUUCUGAACUACCACUUGAUCAAAUUAUGAAUUAG